UAUAUCAGGCAUCCGUGCCAUUGGACAGCAGUAGAAGAGCCGGGUCAGCUGAUCGGUGGGGAUGCGACGGGCUUUAAUGAGUCGUCUCUAGUAAGAAUACUUUGCCCAUACCCGAUGUGGGACUGCGUGAUAAUAAUAUUGAUUUUCUUUUCUGCUGGACAUCUCAGGGGGAAAUUCAGUACCCCUUGAAAGGAACAGCUCUGCUCUCGUAAAACGCCUUCUGGUGGAAUACCAUUCCCGGAGAUUCUCCCUACAUGGGCGUCAUCGGUGCGCAAGGGUAGGGACAUCAAACUGUAGGAGUGUGGGGUGUAAGGUGUGAACGGCUGGCUUUUGUUUUCUCUUUUUUCGUCCUCUUUUUCUUUUGGUGGAGCGGUCCCGGCGGCGUCCUCAGCUUCGCCCCCUUUCCCGGCGGCAGUAACGGGCGAUGGCGGAGUGUGAGAGGAAGACGCUGUCACCCCUGGAAGCGGCCCGCUCCCGUUACGAGAGCCUGCAGAUCUCGGACGAUGUGUUUGGGGAAUCGGGGGAUGACAGCAGCGAGAACCCUUUCUACAGCACUUCUGGGGACUCCAACUCGGAUAACUACACCUCGGAGAUCAACGCCGACGACAUUAGGAUCUGCGAGGUUGGAGGCAGCCACCCUGGAGCAUCAGGACCCAAUACCCUAGAAGAGGAAGGCUGGAGCGAUACCCUCCGAGACAUUACGGUCCCCUCCUAUAAGGGCACAUGUGGCCCCACGCAGCGCAUGUCGGCCACAGCCACGGCCAUCGACUUCUUCCAGCUCUUCGUGCCCGACAAUGCCAUCCAGAACAUGGUGACGCAGACCAACAUGUACGCCAAGAAGUACCAGGAGCGCUUUGGCAGCGAGGACGGCUGGUGUCCUGUGACGGAGCAGGAGAUGCGCGCCUUCCUGGGCUUCGUCUGCUCCACCGGCGUGCACCGCUGCGAGUCCGUUCUCAGCAUCUGGAGCAGCGGCUUCUUCGGCAACCGCAGCAUCGCGCCGCGUAUGAGCCAGUCGCGCUUCGAGAAGAUCCUCAAGUACUUUCAUGUGGUGGCCUUCCGCUCCAGCCAGGGCAGCCAAGGCCUCUACAAGAUCCAGCCCUUCCUGGACUGUCUGCAGCAGGCCCUCACCUGCACCUUCCGGCCCUCACAGACACAGGUGUUGCACGAGCCCCUGAUUGACGAGGACCCCGUCUUCAUCACCACGUGUACCGAGAGGGAGACACGCAAGAGGAAGAAACGGAAAUUCAGCCUGUGGGUGCGCCAGUGCACCUCCACGGGGUUCAUCUGCCAGCUCCUGGUAGCAGCAAAAAACAUGGACUGUCUGCGGGUCCCCGAGGACCAGACUGGGAACACUGGUGUUAAUGAAUGGAAAUGUAAGAUCUACGUCCACCUGAAGGAGGGCUUGGGUCCAGACGGGCUGGACACGCUGAAACAUAAGCCACAGCUCCACAGUCUGGUGGCCCGGCAGCUCUGCCAGAACCUGACGGCUCAGAACGCCAUCAUCUUCACGGGGCCCAGCAUCACCAGCCUGAACCUCUUCCAGGAGUUUCAGAAGCAGGGCAUCUACUGCUGCGGCUUGCUGAGCUCAAGGAAGAGCGACUGCACUGGCCUCCCGCAGUCUAUGCUGGCGACGACCGGUGGGCCACCACAGCGAGGACAGUCGCGCAUCAAGAUGAACGGCGAUAUGUCCCUCAUCAGCUGGUACAACAAGGGCCACUUCCGCUUCCUAACCAACGCCUACUCACCCACAAAGGAAGGAGUGAUCAUCAAGCGGAAGAGCGGCGAGGUCCCUUGCCCACUUGCCGUGGAGGCGUUCGCUGCCCACCUGGGCUACAUCUGCAAGUACGACGACAAGUACAGCAAGUACUUCAUCUUCCAUAAGCCCAACAAGACGUGGCAGCAGGUCUUCUGGUUGACCAUCAGCAUUGCCAUCAACAACGCCUACAUCCUGUACAAGAUGUCGGAGGCCUAUCAGGUGAAGCGCUACAGCCGGGCCCAGUUUGGGGAGCGCCUGGUGCGGGAGCUGCUGGACCUGGACGACUGCUCACCCACCCAGUGAGGGCACAGGAGAGACAGACCCGCCCGGCACACACACGUACGCUCACCCGCACACACCCGCACACACUGUCCGGCAUGCUCUCGCACCCACAGCCACACACGCACGGUGUCUCUCUCUGUCACGCCUGCUCUUCCUGGGCACCCAAUAAGAGCCCAGCCUCUGACUCUAGCCCCGCCUCCUCCGUCGUACCAAGUCGCAUUCCAGCGGGUUCCAGAGGAACUGGGAACUGGUUUCGGAUCUGGGAAGUGGGCCUCUGACCUUUCGCCCGCCAGAUGAGGAUCUCCAGGACCCCCUUACCGGAAGAUUCCACCUGGGUGCCACACCCUGCCCGAAAACGCCAAGUCACGCAUCGCGUCGUGACCUCGCCAGUUGCAUGAGGAAGAUGUCAGAGUCACGUAAAUUCUGUUCUGCUUUAAAGUGAUGGUGGUUUAUUUUAGAGUAAGACUUUUGUAAUUUUGGUUGGCGACGCGGUGCAGCGUCAGUCUGUACAGUAAACCUGUGUGUGUAUAUAGCCAAUAUCCGCACGGUACGAUGUCUGUAGCGUGUAGCGUGUACAAAAAGGCCGCUGUCCUCCUGACAUGGUCGACACACAACAAAUAUAUAUGCAGUAUCCCAAAUUCUGGAUACAUCCUGUUGUUUUCCACUGCAGUGGACAGUCAAGGGGCUGUGGCGGCAGUGACGGAGAGUGACAGAGAUUCUGACGCGUGGCGACUUCCUGGCGGGUCACUUUAGCCAGCCCAGAGCUAACAAGACAACAGCUCUGCCCUCAGUUUGGUACUCGGCACGUGCAAAAGACAGGUUUAACUCAUUAGACGGUAGCUAGUAAUCAAACGAGGAGUUUGUCACAAGAAUGGUUUGGGAUGAGAAGAUGGCUUCUGUAGACUUUUGUUUAGGUUUUUAUUCAUAGCAGACUGCCCCCCCCCCUCCCACCCGAGUAGGUGCAUGGGGGCUGGGGAUUGGCCCUUUCUAUCACCACUCUUUUUUUUUUUUAAAACCAUGAGUCUUCUGGGAAAUCCCAAACACAGACCAUUAUGGUGGGGGGGAGGGGGAGACGGACAUGUUGAAAGUUACUGCCAGUAUUGUCAAGGACCACAUCCCAAAAGUCCAACCUCCUCCUUCGCCACAAAGCUUAUGCGGGCCGUGGACCUGAAAGCUCGUAGCUGACUGCAGUUGUGUUUAAAUGUCCCACCAGCUCCGGUUGAGGUUUGGGAACGAGGCACUGACACGAAAUAAGUAGCUUCUCAAAUCAAGUGAUUAUUUCCCCCAAUAUAUAGUUACAAACAUUCAAAUGCAUAUUACUAAGAAAGGCAUCCAUUCUGCCUCUCUGCUGCCUCCGGGGGGCACUCUGAUCAUCUCCACGUGUCCAUCACGCAAAUCGGGAACGGAAUAUUGAUAGAUACGGGGAGAGAGGGGACACCGGCCUGGCAUUCAACAUCGGGGGGGGGGGG